UAAGAAUACACAGCAGAUUCGUCGGUAAAAUCUAUUCCAAAACAUUAUGGCGACAUGUCUAACGCCACUUGUUGGAAAUGUGCGUUCUCUUGACACGUCGACAUUUGUGCUUCGCAAUUGUUUUACAAGAAUAACAGAUGAUAUAAAUGGAUCGUAGCUCUAGAUAACAUUCAUCACGAUAAGUCAUUUUGAAUGACACUAUUCUCGAUAGAAGUUAUUCGUUCGUCGUGUGUUAUCGAACAUACCAAAGUGUGACAUAGACGCAACGUUUCCAAAAAUUUGACGCAUUCGCCGAAAUAUUUCUGUGAUGUUAUAAAAUUAUGAAGAUUGUUUGCAUUGUAUCGCAAAUGUCAUCAAUAUUUUGGAUAUUGAUAACAUAAAUUAAAAACACGAAACUCCUAAUGUCGAUUUUGCAAAAUGAAUCUUCGAUAUGACAUCUGUUCUGUUUUAGUUUUAUUUUUUAUUUUAAUACGUGCCACGGCAGAACAGCAGGAUGUUCAGCAUUUAUUACCCGAUAUCAAGUUUAAUUCUAAUGAAUAUUCUGAAUAUCUUGAGAAUGAGGAUAGAGAUAGAGGAUCCUUGACACAACCAGAUGAAAAACAAUAUAUAAAAGAUAAUUCAUAUUUGCAAGUUAAUAACCAUCUAGAUAAAGAGAAAUCAAUAACUGCAGAUGCCUUGGACAAAAACAUAGUGUGGGAUGCACAAUGGGCUUCACAAUUGAAACUUAAUCAAAUAUCAGCAGUUUCUAUGGAUAGAAAAGGCAAUGUUGCUAUAUUUCAUAGAGCAGAUCGUAUCUGGGGACCUUAUACUUUCAAUACUGAAAAUAAGUUUAAUCCAAAUAAUGGGCCAAUAACAAAAAAUACAAUUGUCCUCUUGGACAAAAAUGGAAACAUAGUAUUAGAAUGGGGAAGGAACAUGUUUUAUCUCCCACAUGGUUUGACUAUUGAUCAAUCUGGAAAUUAUUGGAUUACUGAUGUAGCGAUGCAUCAGGUAUUCAAGUUUGACGCUCAAGAUAUUGAGAAAAAUAUGGAUGAGUUGAAACGUGCACAGUUUAGUUCAGAGACAGAUGUGCCUAACUAUCAAACUAUCAAACAUGCAUUAUUCAAAAAUAGCAUACUGAAGCCAUCCAUAAUUUUGGGAGAGGCUUUUGUUCCUGGUAAUGACGAAAGAAGAUUUUGUAAACCGACUGCUGUUGCUGUACAUAAUAAUGGUGAUUUCUUUGUCAGUGAUGGGUAUUGUAAUUCUAGGAUAAUUAAGUUUAACAAAAACGGGGAACGGAUUUUACAUUGGGGACGACAUUGGGGUGCUGGAGAGCCUGUUUAUUCGCAGUUGCCUCCACCAAAUGCAUUUCUCGUUCCACAUGCUUUAGCACUCGCGAGUGAGUUAAACUAUAUUUACGUAGCUGACAGAGAAAACGGCAGAAUAUUAUGUUUCUUUGCUAGCAAUGGCACAUUCCAUAAAGAGUACAGGCAUCCUGCCAUUGGUACAAAAAUUUACAGUGUUGCUUACGCUCGAGAAAAAUUAUAUCUAGUUAAUGGACCUGAUCCGUAUACAAACAAUCCAGUAACCGUGCAAGGCUUUGCGCUUGAUAUUUAUUCCGGAAAGAUGCUAUCAAUGUUUGGACCCAAGAAAGGCAUGAAUAAUCCACAUGAUCUCUAUGUGACGGAAAAUGGUUCUGAGAUAUAUGUAGUAGAAUUAAACAGUCAAGUAAUUUAUAGAUUUCUACAAGAUGUAAAUGAUUCAAUGUAUUUUGAGGAUUCACAAUCUACUAAACAACGUCGACCCAAGAUCUUAAUACAUCCUGAUACUAAAGAUACUGAUAUUGAAAAAACUGACAUGAUAAAAUUGAUUCUAGGCCUUGGCUCAGCGGCAAUUUCGUUUAUUACAAUAUGCGUCGUGAUUGCUGCCAUUGUAGCAAGAUACCAAAAAAGAGGAUGUUUACUUACGAUGCGUAAGAGAAUGCGUUGGGAAGCCGAGAGACGGGAGAAUUUCAAACUAUCCAGCCUGUUGGAGAAUCGUCGUGGGAGAAGUUUCAAGUUUCUGGAGAAGCGGCCAAACACUCGCGAUUUCAGUAAAUUAAAUACAGAGCCGGAAACUUCGGAAGAUGAACGUCCUGAAAACAGUAUCGCAAAGGUUAUUUAAGACAGUACUAAAUAAUGUCGAAAUAUCGUGCAUUACUAUUACCAAACCG